UAGAAUGAAUCUGAUUGGGGAAUAGGGGUGUUCCAUCGGGAAGACAUUAUGUCUUCCUCACUACUUUCUUUUUCGUCAAGCCGAUUUUGAUUCGGAGCCUUCUUAGUCACACAUCUUUUCUCACUCUCUCUGGAAUUUCGGCGAAGAUAGACUCCGAUCGGAAGAGGAAGAAGUCUCUGGUAGUGCCGGCGGAGUAGAAGGAGAAGCAUAAGCCGGAUUUGAACAAGACGAAGAAGAUGUCAUACUGUGGCAAUAGCCACGGUGGUGAUGGAGCUGAGGUUAGGAUUUCGCACAUACUGAUGAAGCACCAAGGUUCCUCACUACUUUCCUUUUUGUGAAGCUGAUUCUGAUUCGGAGCCCUCUCAGUGACACAUCUCUUCUCACUCUCUGUGGAAUUCCGGCGAAGAUAGAGUCGGAUCGAAAGAGGACGAAAUCUCCAGUGGUGCUGGCGGAGCAGAAGGAGAAGCAUAAGCAACAUUUGAACAAGAUGAACAAGAUGUCGUACUGUCGUAGCAGUGACGGACGUGAUGGAGAUCAGAAUACUUCAAAUACUGCUAGAAGAUGGGAACCAUCUUGAUAAAUUUGGUUCUUAAAGGGGUGUUUUCAUUUGCACUGGACUUCUGUACGAUGUUGGCCAUGGGACUUUCAGUCACUUAUUCGAAAGUGAAUUUCUUCCCCAAGUUACCAAUGGUGACAGGAACAAAUGUCAGUCAAUAUGGUAGAUUAUGUUAUCAAUGAACAUCACAUUAAUGUUGAUUCUGAGAUGAUAAAAGGAGUCCAGAUUGAGGCGUACAUAGACAUGAUUACUCCUGUAGUAGAUCCAUUUAAGUAUUUGAUUCAGGCUGUCCCCUAUAUAUUGUUUUAUUAUGAUGUAGGCAUAAGAAAGACAGAAGUCAGUAGCAGCCAAAAGAAUUCUCAUAUUCCAUAUACAAAUAGCAAACUUAGACUUCUUUUGCAGUUCUUCUUAGAUAUAAAUUCUAAUUUAGGAUACAAAAAUAUUGGAGCAACUUUCGUCUGACCCAUUCCUCGGGUUAGUUUAAGAUUGCAUUGUUAUGGAUGCUGAAAAGGGUAUUGGCUGUCGUCUCUGAUAUUAAAGGAAGCAUUCCUAUUUAAUAUUCAGAUAAUUUUGAAAGUUAGUCUUCUUUUAAACCAGCUUCUACUUGAUGAUUUUUUAUCACAUGCUUUGAUGGAGUUUUUUUUUAAUUCCUAAUUUCUAUACCAUUAUUAUAACUAUAUAUUUUCUUUAGACUAAAUUAUAAUUUUACUUCUCACAAGAUUCAAUUUAUUUAUAAAAUUAUUUUUUUUUUGAAAAUUGAUAUUUUAAGUUUUCAAAUGUCAUCUUAAUUUGAUAGAAGUUUUUAGAUUUCAUUUUGUACUUGAAGAUAAUUGUUGUAUUUAAUAUUUAAUUUUCUUCUUUUUUUUCUUGGUUUGUGGAUU